AUGCACGAUCCCCAAGCCCCCGAAUCCAGACCUCCAGUCUGCCCACAGACCGUCCCGACACCGUGGAAAUUUCAGCUCACCAAGCGGUGGAAUGGUGCAGGGCUGUUCGCUCAACAGGAGCCGCGCAGUUCUGCCCAAGCAGCUCCUGUUGCUCCCGGCCCAAGAGCGGACGGCCCCACGCGCAGCCCGCCUCGGGGCCGGGGAAGGGGCCCUCCUCCGCCGCCCCGCCGGUCGUCUCUACCGACGCCCGGCGGCGAUCCGGCAAGCCCGGGCUUGAGCGGCGCGCACAACCGCGAGGUCCGCAAUCACGGGUUCGCGGUGGCGAGCGCGGGCGGCCACCGAGGCCAUCUUGGGAGGCCCCGGGCGCCCGGUCUCGGUUCCCCCGCCGCCUCGCCCCGCCCCGGCCACGUCCACGACGCCCGCGCGGCUUCUCGGAACAAAGGCCGCCGGGUCGCACGCGCACAAAGCCGCUGGGCUUGCCCCGCCGGCCGCUCCCGGUCUGGGUCCCGCCACCGGCGCUUCGGCUGCCCGGCUUACCCUCCCUUCCCUCCUCUGUCGCCGGCUCUAACAAAGGCCGGGCCCGCGGUACUCACAGGAAUAUGUCUACUCAUUGAAGAUUGUGGCCUAAUCAUACAGCCGGUCCCGAGGCGGCACAGGCGGCGGCGGCAGGGCAGGCGGCGGUGGGCGUCGCGGGGCGGCGGCGGCGGCGAUGCAGGCGGCGGGGGCACCAGACGACCAUGCAGUGAGCUGCCCGAGGAGCGUCGCCGAGCCGGCCGCAGCCCAGAGCCAAUGCGCGCGCCCAGGCGCCCUUGCGUCACAAGCCCGCUCCUUUAUAGCCGGUGCGACGUACGCACCGGCGGCGGCCAAUCACCGCGCGGGACGCCUGCGGCGCGGGGCGGGGUCCGGGACGCCGACGUCACUCGCGGCGGCUGCCACCGGUGCGAACCGGUUGAUGAAUGGCGCGGAGGGCUGGCGGGUUGCCGCCACCAAACGCUCCGGUCCCUAGAGCCGCGAGUUUGCCCCAACGUGGAACGCCGCGCCGGCGGGAGGAACCCUGUAGCCCGAGGCCAUAGCUCUGUCGCGCUGGCCAACGGUUUACCUUGGCACUUGCGCCCCAGGAUCUCCGUCAUCACUCCAUAUUGAUGUCGCAUGACCGCUGGGCGGGUGACUCACCGCUCCAGAGCCCAGCCCUAGGCUGGGACUAGGGAUUCUCAUCACCACCGGCACUUCCACGUGUCGGGAGGCUCUCGGGGAAAUUAGCCCGUGGAACGCAGGAAAUGUCCCUAUCUUUUUUUUUUCUUUGAGACACGUGAAGCCUAGUUGCUUCUGAGCCUUCCCCCCCCCACCCCCUUCUUUUUAGGUUACACCCCCAAACUGCUGAUGCUGGCAACUGCAGUUGGCUCGAUUGUGGCAUUUCGAAAUCACAUGCAUCCUUUGUACUGCUGCUCACUCACAGAUAAUGAAAGAGCCUGUGAUGCCAACUGUGAGCCGUGUAACCCACAGAUCCUGCAAUUGCUGACGAUAAUUGCUGAUGUAUGGUGCUCGGUUAGCUGUCCUCAUUGAGUUCUAGAAGCUUGGCUUCUGCUCUCAGGAAGAGGAAUCAUAUCUACAGGGCUUAUCCUUUUGGUCUGACUGACUUGAAACUCACACAGCUGUACCUAUGACUUCCUCCCAAGUGCUGGAAUUAAAGGUAUUCUAAUUAUUGA